AUGGGAAAACUUGAAGCACCAGUUUUAAAUGCAGCAACAUGUGAUAAAAUUAUUGGUGAGAAAGGCAAAAGUUUACCAGUUCCUACUCCAAGUCAACCACAACAAGUAAUUAAUAAAUGGGUGCCAUUAAAACCAUCAACAUUUGCUCAAAAUACUGUAAAUCCUGUUAGAUCAUUUGUUGAAGCUUUAUCAAUUAAACCAAAUCCCAAAUUAAAACCAAUAAAACUUAAUCUUGGUGAUCCAACAUUAAUUGGAAAUCUUCCACCACCAAAAGUUGCCAUUGAAAGUGUUCAAGAAGCUUUAUUAUCAAAUAAUUAUGAUGGUUAUGGACCAAGUGUUGGAUUUAUUCAAUCACGUCAAGCUGUUGUUGAUACUUUUAAUCAUCCAGAAGCACAAAUAACAGUUGAUGAUGUUAUUCUAACGAGUGGAUGUUCACAUGCUUUACAAAUAGCUAUUGAAAGUAUUGCAAAUAAAGGGGAUAAUAUUUUAGUACCAAAACCAGGAUUUCCAUUAUAUACAACUCUUAUGCAUCCUCUUGGUAUUGAAGACCGUUCAUAUAAUUUAAUACUUGGUGGAAGUGAAAAAAUAGAUUAUAAUCAAAUGGAAUCUAUUAUUGAUAAAAGAACAAAAGCAAUUAUUAUAAAUAAUCCAUCAAAUCCAGUUGGUAUUGUUCUUGAGGAAAAUGAUCUUAAAAAAAUUUUAGAAAUAGCAUUUAAACAUAAAAUUGUUAUUAUUGCUGAUGAAAUAUAUGGAAAUUUAACAUUUAAUGGUGCAACAUUUAAAAAUAUUGCUACAUUAACACCUAAAGUACCAGUUAUUAGUUGUGAUGGUAUUGCUAAAAGAUAUAUGAUUCCAGGAUGGAGAUUAGGAUGGAUAAUAAUUCAUGAUCGUUAUGGUGUUUUAGAACAUGUUAGAAAAGGAAUGAUAAGUUUAACACAGAAAAUUGUUGGUCCAUGUGCUUUAAUACAAGGUGCUUUACCAAAAAUAUUAAAAGAAACACCUUCAACAUAUUUUGAAGAAUCUAGAAAAAUAAUUGAAAAUAAUGCAAAAUUAUUCCUUGAUGGUUUUAAUGAAAUUCCAGGUUUAACACCAAUUAUGUCGAAUGGUGCAAUGUAUAUGAUGGUUAAAAUUGAUUCAUACACAUAUGGUGAUGAUAUGGAAUUUUUAAAAGAUUUAAUUAAACAACAAAGUGUUUAUUGUCUUCCAGGUGGUGCUUUUGGUACACCAUAUUGGUUUAGAGUUGUUUUAACAUAUCCUGAAUCACUGUCAAAACAAGCAAUUCAAAGAAUAGCAAUAUUUUGUAAAGAUAGACGUUUAAAAAAAUGUAAAGAGUUAGGUAAUAAAGAAAAAAGAUUAACUGAAAAUGCAUUAUGA